AUGUCUGAUCGCGCUCGAACAGAGUCCAGAGCAUCGUACCGCUCUUCCCGACCCGCAUCAGCCGCGUCUGUCGCGUCCGCUACCACCGCCCGACCCUCCUCAUCGCUCGCGUACUCGAGUUCGGCGCCUCACCACCCAAAGACUCCGAAAGCUAGCGCUGCGCGGUUUGGUGGAUUGGCGGAGAAGCAGCUGCAGCAGCUCCAAAGUAGCAUCAGGGCCGCGUCGAAGAAGGUGAGUAUAGAUGGUGCAGCUCGGCGGACGAGGCCAAGCAUCGUCAGGGAGGCAGAAGAAGCGGAGGAGGCCGCUCCCGAAGGCAGCUUCAUUGCCGAGACGUCCUUCUCCCGCGCACCUGUCAACUCCCGCCUACCGCACAUCUCCCCUCACCGCGUCGCCGCCCAACCCGCCCGCAAGCGCACCUCGACUGCACAACAUCCAGCCAGUCGGCGAAAUGGAGGGGCUAUCGACGAUGACGAGGAGGACGAUGUAUCUGAUUCUGGCUCGGUCAUUGAGGAGGACGAGGAGGACGAGGAAACGAAGCUGAGGAAGGCAAAGGCGCGGCGGAAGCAGCUGGGACUGGAUAAGGAGCCGCUCGAGGGGUUGAGCGCGGAGCUGCAGGAGGCUAUUUUGACGGAGGACUUGCUUUUUGUUCUCAUGGGCAUCGAGGGUCGCUAUGUCGAGUUCGACCCAGCAUACACGCCCGAAGACGACUACGAAAGGCUGCAAGGUGCAAAGUUCGUCGUCGACCCGCAACUCGACCCCCGCAUCUCGGCCCUAGUCUCCCGCUUCCUCCCUCUUGCCACCUACUACACCGCUAUCACUGCUUUUAUCGAGCAGUACUCGGUUCUCGAGCACGGCACCGUUAAUCACGCUCUCUGCGCGGCCAUCCGCGAGAUGCUCAAGGACUAUCUCAUACUCCUCGCCCGGAUCGAAGAGCAGUUCAACUCGUCGUCUUCCUUCACCCUUCAGCGCUUUUGGCUGCUCGUCCACCCCGCCCUCAACGCUCUUGCGCUCGUCUACGCCUUGACGCUCGAGAUUGUCGAGCUCAGCGUACCAUCUGUUGAGGACGAGGACGAGGACGAGAACUCGGAGGCCGACAGCGACGACAUGUACGGCGGAGGGCUCGGCGACGUCCUGGCGGAGCUCAAGGCUGCAUCGACCGCCGCUCGGCCUGAGUCGGCCAACAAGUCGGCACCCUGGCGCUUCGGCCCAUCGCUCGGCGGCGAGACACUCUCAGCCAUCGCGAACCGACUAAUCCGCACCUCGGGCGACCCCGCCGCACACGACCUCUACUCGCAUCUCCUCCUCCGCGCCAGCCAGCCAUACACUCAGAUCCUCCUCGGCUGGAUCUCGACGGGCAGGCUCGAGGACCGGUGGGAGGAGUUCUGCGUGCGGGAGCAGAAGGGUUUCUCGACCGGCACGCUUGACGCAGACUACACCGACGAGUAUUGGGAGCGCCGCUACACCCUCCGCGACCGCACCGGAACAUCCUCGGCGUCGUCAGCGAACGCCAGCGGGAACGGCAAGUCGCCCAUGCAGUUCUCGUCGACCGACGCGGACGACCAGCCUCGCCUGCGCGGUCUCGCCGGAGGAGCCGUCAUCCCGCCCUUCCUCGAGCCGUGGAAGGACAAGAUUUUGCUCGCGGGCAAGUACCUGAACGUCAUUCGCGAAUGCGGAAUCGAGAUCGAGGUGCCGGACGAGGUCAGGCUUGGCUCGGGCGACGAGCAGGACGGUAUGGUCGACAUGCAGGCUGAAGGCUUUUUCAAGCGGAUCGAAGCAGCGUACGCCUACGCGAACAAGACGCUCCUCAAGCUUCUCUUCGAGCAAGAGGACCUGCUUUCUCGCCUCGAGACCAUCAAGCACUACUUCUUCCUUCACGCCGGCGACGUCUUCACGCAUUUCCUCGAUAUGGCCAAGUUCGACCUCGGUCGGAAGAAGCGUCGCAUCCCAAUCGAGCGACUACAGACGCACCUCGACCUCGCCCUCCUGCGCUCGACAAACCAGAGCGGGUCCGCCAAGUCCGAGACGUUCAAGGACGACUUGCGCGUCGUGUUCGAGGACGUGACGGUCGCGGACUGGUUGCUCAAGAUUGUCAAGCAGACGGGCGCGAUUGUUGGACCGGAUGGGACGCCUGUUGAUGUCCUCGAUAGCGGGAAGAAGGCGACGAGCGAGAAGCAGGCCAAGGAGUCGGGCGAGCUGACCGGCUGGGAAGUCUUCGACCUCGACUACUCGGUCAAGUUCCCCUUGUCGCUCGUGCUCUCUCGCAAGUCGAUCACCUACUACCAGAUGAUCUUCCGGCACCUCCUCCGUCUCAAGCACCUCGAGCGCAACUUUCAAGAAACCUGGACCGAGCACCUCAAGACGCCCGCCUGGCGUCGUCGGUCUCCCUACCCCGAACUCCAAGCCUUCAAGGGCCGCGUGUUUGCCCUCCGCGCGCGGAUGUACGAUUUCGUCAAGCAGGUGUUUGACUUUGCGGUCAGCGAGGUGUUGGAGGUUAGGUGGGCCGAGUUGAGGAAGAAGCUCGAGGGGUGCGAGACGGUCGACCAGCUCCUGAAGGACCACGACAACUUUCUCAACACGUGCACGAACGAGUGUCUCCUGACUCACCAGAGCCUGCUCGAGAUCCUCCAUCAGAAGCUGUUCAACACCUGCUACGUCUUCAACAGCUACACGACGACUUUUACGCUCAUCGUGGUCCAGAGCGAGGCAGAAGCGAACGGUGACUGGGCGCGCGUGAGCAGCGCAAAGUUCAAGGAACACUGGACGUUCCUCGACCGGUUCGAGAAACACUUCAACCACUUCUCGACCCUCGCGCUUCAGCACCUCCGUGUCGCCGCAGCGAGCGAAAACUCGCGCAUCCUCCCGCUCCUGUCGAGGCUGAGCAGUCUCGCCGAGAAGCGAUAG